AUGGUCGUUGCAACUUUCACAACGUAUAUGAUGAUUUCAAAUUCCAGCAUUGGGCCAGCGUCUUGGCAUCGUUCACCCCACUACCGUAGAGGAGAUAGUGGCGGUGGAAGAGACCGAGAUCGAUCCCGCUCCCCGAGCAGGCAUCGUUCAUCCUACUACCGCAAAGGAGACGAUGGCGGUGGAAGAGGCCAAGAUCGAGCCCGCUCACCGAGCAGGCAUCGUUCAUCCUACUACCACAGAGGAGAUGAUGGCGGUCGACGAGACCGCUCACCGAGAAGGGAACGCUCACCGAGCAGGCAUCGUUCGUCCUACUACCACAUAGGAGAUGAUGGCGGUCGACGAGACCGCUCACCGAGAAGAGAACGCUCACCGAGAAGAGAACGCUCACCGAGAAGAGAACGCUCACCAUACCGCCGCGCAGGAAAUGGUGGUGGUGGUGGUGGUGGGAGAGACCGAGAUGAGCAGCCGACAUCCAAGCAACCUCCAGUUGUAUCGAAGGAACCUUCGCCUCCACCGCCUCCACCGCAACCUGUACCAAAGGAACCUUCACAUCAACACGGGCAGCUCACAUCAACAACUGUGAAGCCGAAGCAGCCGAGCACUCGCUACAAUAUUAUCGUGCCGGCUCCAUCUGCUUCUACUAAGGCUCCACCUGCUUCGUCGAAAGCUACCGCCACGGCGACCAAGGCUCCAUCUGCUUCUACUAAGGCUCCACCUGCCCCAUCRGCAGCUACCGCCACGGUGACCAAUGCUCCAUCUGCUUCGACCAAGGCUCCGUCUGGUUCGUCGGCAGCUACCGCCACGGUGAUUAAGGAUCCUUCAACCAUACACCCGUCAAACCCAACUUCGUCGAAAGCCACCGAAACUUUCACAUGGAAUUCAAUCCUUACGACUGCAAAGCCUUCAUGUGAAACCGCAAUUCUUAACCAUCCUGCGUUCCAUACCUGUACGAACCUCGCUAUCUUUAACUGGUUAACAAGGAGUGGCAUGGAGCCUAAGUUCCCUAGUGCUGGGGAAUUCAAGCAAAGCGACAUCGACAAAUACAACACGUUUACCGCACAAUACGGCUGCAGUCCUUUCGCUAUGCUAGCACAGAGGCGAGAAGACAACGGCCGACUUAAGCCUCUCGAGAAAUCAAUCGACGAUCCUCAACGUGACUUAACCAGCCGGUACGGCAUCACUCCAUAG